CUUUGAAUGCACUCGUUGGGUUGGGAUAUUUGGAAUGCCGUGCAACCAAAGGAGUUCUACAAAGGCUUCUUGCGAAGAAGUAUUCGACCCGACGGAAGAAAGCUAUCUGAAUAUCGAGACAUCACUUUAAGAAAAGGUCCUCUGGUUACGACGGUUGACGGGUCAGCAAAUGCCUCAAUUGGGCGAACAGUGGCGUUGAUAGGCAUUCAACCGAAGGUGAUCGAGUGGAAAGAGACCAAAAAGGGAAGUGCAAGGUCAAUCGUGGGCCAACACUGUUCCUUACAAGUUGAAUUUCCUUCCGUUUGCCAUAGAGACAUUCGAAGUGGAAGAACUUUGGAGGAGGCACUCUUAGUAAAAGAGUCACUGGAAAACGUAUUGGAACAAAUACUAGAAAGAGAUUCGUUUUGUAUAGUUCCGGAUAAAUUCUAUUGGCACUUACAAAUAACUGCAUAUUGCCUCAGCUUAGACGGGAAUGUGAUUGAAACAUUCUUGUUAGCACUGUAUGGUGCCUUGUUGGACCUUCAAUUGCCAGUAGUACGAGCAAGCACCUCAGGUGAUCUUUUAACUCUUGAUCCAAAUCAGCCUAAAGUGACACUUCCAAUGAAGAAACUCGAAGAUUGGCCUUGGGUCGUUCCUAUUGGAUUGUUUUGGAAUGGUCCUUCAGAAUAUUAUGCUGUUUUGGACUUAUCUGAAGAAGAAGAAAACAAUAUGAGCUCAAUUGUAUGGAUAUGGAAUAGUCAAAGAGGAGAUAAAUUGGCAAUCUCGAAACAAAAAGUAGGCCCAUUGUCUGUAAACAUUCUACAGGAAGUCUUACAGCUGGUAAAAGCUCACAUAGAUGAAGUAAUAUUGCGAUUGCAACACGGGAAGUGAACGAGAUCUUUUGAGUAGCUCAACAUUAGUUGAAUGGACCAUAUUCAAUCGGAAUGAAGUAUGGCUUACAUUGAUUGCAGUUUGAAGUGGUUUUUUUAGAAUUUUGAGUCCUAAACAAAGAAAUCAAAUAUUUUGUUUUGUCUAAUUAUUAUAAGUUUGGUGACCCAGAGAGAGAGAAGAGGAUUGUAAGUUUUACUUUGAACCAGUCACUUGUAAUGGAGAAAUCGAUGGAAGACCUAAUUGAGUAGAUGAGCCAUGACUUGUAUCAAAAGUGCUCGUUUUGUUGAAUGCCAAUGGUUUCUGGCAGUUGUUAUGGUAGGAUAAAAUGUUCAUCUGCCCUUCUUAAUAAGUCACAGAAUAGUCAGAACCCGUAAGAGCAACAUAUCGACUCUAAUACUUUCUUCCAGUGGCAAUCAUAUCUAAUUUUAUUAACAGUCCCUACAAGACUUUCUUUAGAGAUACGACAAAAUGGAGAGAGAAAGACCUUCCCAGAAAGCCAUAACAAACUUUUGUACACAGAAGUGUUAGAUUAGAAACUCAAAAGCAACGCCUUUGUCAUUUCCUGAUAGAAACUUGUAAUGAAAGCGUUACAAACGUUCCACUUGAAAUCCGUUAAAAUCGUUUCUCAUAUAAGAAUCUCAGCGAGUCGUUUGAUGAUGG